AUGGCCGAAAUUGACUACCUUGGUCUAGACUUGAGUAAUAACUUAUUUACUGGUACACUUCCUAUGGAAGUUGGUCUUGAAAGUUUAACACUUUCCCACAAUAAUUUAUCUGGUGUAAUUCCAAAAGGCUUUGAGAAUCUAACGACGCUCAUUGGUCUGGAUUUAUCAUAUAAUAAUUUGGAAGGAGCGGUACCAAAUGACGGAGUCUUUGAGAAUGCAAGUAAAUUUUCAGUUGAAGGGAAUAGUAAGCUUCGUGGUGGUAUACCUGUUUUGAAGUUGCCAAAGUGCUCCGUCCCUUUACACCCAAAUACAAAGCUAACACAAAAGAAAUCAAUGCCUGCCAAAGUUAUUAUUAUCAUCAUAGUCGUGGUUUUGUUUGCAACUUCAAUUGUGAUUUUUGCUACUCUAAACUGGAGAAAGCAGUCAAAAACCAAACUGCCUUCUACUUCUUUAGAAGGUGAACGGUUCAAAGGUGUUUCUUACGAUGAACUUCUUAAAGCUACCAAUGGAUUUAAUGAUUCAACCAACUUGAUUGGUAAGGGAAGUUUCGGUUCUGUAUAUAAGGGCAUUCUUCAACAAGAUGAAUCAAAACCCGUUGCAGUGAAGGUGCUACACCUUCAACAAAGAGGUGCAACCAAGAGUUUCCUGGCUGAAUGUAAUGCUCUAAGGAAACUAAGACAUAGAAACUUAGUCAAGAUUGUAACUUGUUGUUCGAGUACUGAUUUUCAAGGUAAUCCUUUCAAAGCUCUAGUUUUUGAGUACAUGGUUAAUGGGAGUCUAGAGAAUUGGCUGCACCCGAAUGCAAGUGAUACAAACAAUGACGAUCAAAUACAAGGUAAGUAUUUGAACCUAGAAAGAAGACUGAGCGUUGCAGUCGAUGUUGCUAUUGCACUAAAUUAUCUUCACCAUGAUUCUCCAUCACCCAUUGUGUAUUGUGAUGUGAAGCCAAGUAAUGUCCUUCUUGAUGAUGAUUUAACUGCUCACGUGGGUGAUUUUGGCUUGGCUAAAUUCCUGUUUAGUCCCUCCAAAUAUGGGAUGGGAGGCGAAGUGUCAACACAAGGUGAUGUGUAUAGUUAUGGGAUCUUAUUGUUAGAAAUGUUUACGGGAAAGAAACCAACUGAUGACAUGUUUAAGGAUGGUCUAAACAUUCAUAACUUCUCUAAGAUGCACGAGUUGCCAGAGCGUAUUGAGAGGAUUAUCGAUUCUCGUUUUCUGUUGGAAUUAAGAAAACAUCAUAAUGAAGCUGAAAUUACAAAUUACAAUAUGUGGAGGAGGAACGAAGGAAGAAAACUUAGAACAGAUAUUUUGGAGGAAUGA